GUGGAUACGUGUGCAGAAAACUAGAACUGUGGGAAACUGCACUGGAGAGUUUCGAACGCGCACUGCAACUGUGCCCUCCAUGCAACGGUGUUCAACGAGCUAAAGUUCAUACGUAUCUAGGUUGUACAUACGAAAGUCAAAAAAAAUGGAGUAAAGCCUUGGAAUGCCUGCUCCAAGCUCUUGAAAUGAUCGAAGCAGAUUCGAAGAUUCUCGAAGAAGCGCAAAAGGGCCCGUUGGUCGAAAUUAUUUAUCGGCACUUGUCAGCCGUCUAUCACGCUUUGGAAAACUUAGAAACGGCGGCAAUUUACAAAGAAAAGGCAGUUGUUGAACUGAAGCGCUUAACCAUAUGGGGUCUAGUAAAAAGUUGGCCAAAUGACUGCGAAGGCACCACACUAGAUCUUCUAGUAGAUCAGUUCAUGUGGAACACGAUAGAAUGGAAAUCCUGUCCGGACGUUCUACUCCUUUGAAUCAGAGAGACAGCUUGCACUUGUUCUUUGGACAGUUCCGUUGAUAAGGAAGUGAUAUUUAGUUCAUUGUUGACUAAUUCAUGCACACUGGCGUUUAUUCUAUUUCAAUACAGCUUUGCUUUCUUCGAUAGCUAGCAGUAUUUAUUGGUCAUGAUCUAUCACACUGCGUCGAAUAUAAUCCUAAGAAGUAUUGUCCCCCUUUCGACUUUCAUGCAGAAGCCGUAUUCUUCAUGAGUUUAUUCCUUAAGCCCCAAUUUUAAUUCUCUUUUCAUUUUUUCUCUUUACAUUGAGUAAUUAAUCUUCCACUAUAGCAAACUAGAUGCCAACUACGCUAUCAUGAAGAUUGGAAAGACGGCUCCACUCCUCUGGCCGAUACUGAUGCUUUAAGGAAAAGGAAAAAGUUGUUUCGGAAAUGGGUUUCGAUGAGUUCAAAUCCGUUCUUCGGUUAGUCUCGUCGAUUUAGGUCCGAACUUUGGCUCGAAGUAAGUUAUAAAGCGCAUAUAAUAUUUUACGUACUGUCUUUAAUUAACGCUUACUUUAACAGAGACAAUCAUUCCCAGCUCCUCUUUCUUUGUACAGCCAAUGUCCUCUGAUAAAUCGACUGAUGAAUAUUAAACGCACUAAUCGUAGUAAAAGAGUUAGGGGCGUUCUUUAUGCAAAGCAACGACACAAUUCAGAAAAAGAGUAAUUAUUCCAUCUUGCUUAAUUUAAUGGUCUCUCUCCCCGUCGAAGACAUAAAGGAAUAUGAGCGUACAGACAUAAAGAGAAUCGAUCGACAGCUAUAUUUUUAGCACUUGUCUCGCUUGUCAUCCUCGAAGCGCUGGACAAAUAAUAGAAUGAUUUAUUUUCUCAGGAGUGUCACGCGCCUGAUACUUUGGACUCAGAGUGUUUUUGCACCAUCGUAUCUUCUUUGUGACAUUAGAGUCAAGAAAGAGUGAAAGCUUCGUCCUUCUUUCGAAAAAGGGAGCUUUUGAAAGGAGUAUAUACUUAGUUCUUUUUUAUGAAUUCGGAAACUAUAAGGAAGAAAUUAUUUUGACUUGAAAAAAAAAGCCUGACUAUAGUAGAACCCAACGACAAAGAAGUCACCGACAUGAAGUGAGAAGGGGAGAUGAGCCAGUCCUGGCACAGGGGACCGCGUGUUUUUUAUGUGAUGGUUGUUGUGAAGACAAAAGGAACAAAAAAAACCAAGGGGUAAAAAGCUGAUUUUUUGAAGUUUUUUGAGGUAAAUUGAAGUUUUUUCAAGUUUUUGGAGGUUUUUCGAGGUUUUUGUGGUUUUUCGCAAAAAUAUUUUUCCGAAGUUAAUCAAGGCCUAGAGACAUGCUAAAAGACUGUUUAUAACUUUCCCAUCGAAAUAAACUGGAGUGACUUUGUUUUGUAAAGACCAAUACGGUGAUUCUUGGUUUUAACGGAUAUUUAUUUUCCUUCAACGUCCUCCCCGGACUAUAUCAUUACAAUCAAAACUAACAACUUUUCAUUAAAACUUCCAGAGCUACAUCUACAUGGCACUUAGAAAAACUGAUUUUUAUUCGGAGGUUACAUACAGACACGGAGCCUACAGACACGGAUGGAGAGUUUUAGCUGGCUAUCAGAAUUACACUAUCAGACUUUAUUCUUUCUCGAGAGCAAAUAUAAAAAGGACCUAUUAAAAUGUCCCCUCUUAAGUUUGUUUGUGAGCCUGUAAAACUACAUAACCAUCCAUUGAUAUUCAAAACCGACAGCAUGUAAACAGGUAUUUUCAAUACUCCACAAAUUUAGUAUUAUGCUCUUGGUAAAGUAAACUAAGCCAUAACGAGACUACGUCCCGAUUCAGGGACCACGUCAAAGAGUUUCAUUUCACGCGUCGGAGACCGGGACCAAAAACGUUUUGUCGGGAUCAAGAUUUUCCAUGGAAAUCGGAGCACACCAAAAAAGUCAAAAUGUUAUGCUUUAAUGUAAACAAAUGUAGAAGCUAGAGAUUGGUUUAAAGCAUCUGGGCUACUUUCUAGACAAAGCUAAGAAAACGCUGUCUCUUCUCUGGUGAAAUUUACAUACACCUUGCUUGUUAAAACGCUCUCUACAAUAUAGUUGGUAUUUCAAAAAUUUUCUGCUAUAGGGGACUUGUGUAUAACGACUAGUGCAACAAAUCUGUCGCUAUCCUCGAUAAGCAAUAAAAUAUUUUUCUAUGCGUGAACUUGCUUGGACAAGAAGAUACCAAAAUCUUCGCUCUAAAUCGAGUUAUAUACUAUCCAGAUGAUUUUGAUUUCGCGUUUGGUCGUAUAUUUGGAAUAUAUACAUUAAAAAAUAAAGACAUGCUUGAACUGGAAAAGUAAUUUUUUAAAAAGUAGUUUAUUUUCUGUACCGUAGUAUAAAUAAACCAGGGAUUGUUGCUUUUUACGUGGUGAGUUUUUGAAUUAUUCCAUAAAUAAUCCGAUUAUUCAUCAAUCACCUUUCAAUAUCAAAGCGUGUGCUGAUAUUCCAGCUCUACGACGAAUCAUAGAAAAAGAAAAACUUGUUGGCGAACCGUGCAAUCCAUUGUAUUCACCAAAGAUUAUUAAUUUACUAUAUAGAUGGUUUGCUUAUAUCCCGUUCUGGUCAUGUAUAAUGACUGAUAUCUUUGAAAGAUACGCUAAAGAUGGAAAAAAUGUGCCAACAAGUGAUUGGGUAUUUGGACAUGGACGAGUUUCAAAUGCUACAGUCGAGACAUAUUUUCGUACUGUGAAAUCAUCUGUUCUCGGACAAAAGACCAAUCUUCGACCUACUGACUUUUUAAUGCAAACUUAUUCGCAUACACUGUCGCGUAUGAAAGGUGAUAAAUUUGGUGUCCCUCAAUCCUCACGUGGUAGAAAAAAAGCAGAUGAUUUGAAUGCGAAAGAAACAUGGCGGCGUCGUGUUCAGUCAAAGACAAAAAAUGGUCGUCGUGGAUAUUAUUUUAGUGAUGAAGUGAGCCAGACAGAUGCAUGUAAACUAUCUAAGGGAAAAAUGGAUGAACAAAGAAUUACCAUUAAUGACAGUUCUAUUCCAGCAAAAAAACUUCAUUCUCCUGUUAAUACGUCGACAGAUGUCAAAGAUGUACAGUCAGAUUCAUCAAGUGAUGAUAUUGCUGGUCACUCAUUUGGAUUUGCCGUCAUGCCAUCGAAUAUGCUUAAGGCAAUGGACGAAAAUAUUGUUGAUUCUAAAAUUGUUUUACCCUCGUCACCAUUCGUUAAUCGUGAUGCCGCAUCGACUAAGUCUUCAGAUUCGUCUGAAAAUAUUUUUUCCGCAUUAUUAACUGCCACCGAUGCUAGCGACCUCGACAACGUUUACAACAACAACGAUGAAGGACGAAAUGCUCGACGACCUAUAAAAAAUUCAAGCGAUAUUAACGACUUUGCCUUCAAUUUGAAUAGUCCUUGCUCAUCACCAGCAUUUUCUCCUAAACGUUCACAUCUUACAUCUGACAGCAGCUAUUCUUUGUCCAAGGAAAAAAUCCCAACAACAUCUGAGGGGUUCUGGUGA